AUGCGAGCAACUGUUUUUACUGACAAAAUUAGUUGCUUCGCUUGGUUUCAUUUAAACUCUAAACAUCAGUUGGAAGACAAGUUCUAUUGGACACGUAUCGUUCGUAAAAGUUGUGGAGAAAGAGAGGCAGCAGCAGCGCGUUGUGAAACUCAAGGACUAAGCAACCAGGACCGAAGAAAAUUGUUAAAGAGAACUCGAAGCCUGGCAGUAAUAUCAGAAGACCUUUCAAGAAGUGACGCGGAUAAUCAAAACUAUCAUUUCAGUGAUUCUCCUCUCUCUAAUCCCAGAAGACCACAGCUCAUUCCUCGAGCCAAGUUAAUCGACAGGAACUCUUUGAAAGACAGGUUAUCGAAGAGUCAACAACAUCUUUCAGAACCUCACGAUAGAUUCAACGAGUCGAGAGCCUAUCACUCUCACUCAACGUGUGAUCUUUAUUCAAUACCUCCUCAUUCUUACUUUCAAGAGAUCCCUCCUUUCAAUCGUAGCGAAAGUCGCAUUGAUCCCGAUCGUUUGAAUAUUCUGAAUUGGCCACGAACUCCAAGAAGAUACAAAAGUCAUCAGGAUCUUGAUACCGUCAGCGGACUUGUGGAUAUUGUUGAAGAUACUUGGCCUUUAGAGGAGAAUCAUCAGACAUACGAUAUUUAUACUCAGGUCAAGCGCAAGCGCAAGAAGCAUAGAAGCUUAGAUAGCAUCUUAUUUGAAGAUGAAGGAGAACUUGAAUAUUUUGAUGUUCUAAAUCUUUUGCCAUUAUCCAAAGUACGCCUUGAGAUUGAUGAAGUUGAUGUACACAACAACUAUCCCACAAGUAAACACAAUAAAGACAGUUUACUACCGACAAAUAUUGACACUUUAUCUACAGGCGACAAUGAUGAUACAUCUAUAGGAGGAGAAUCAGAAUUGCGACAUACUCCAAGAAUUUUACAGGUAUCUGAGUUCUCUGAUGACAAUCAAGAUAACUCACUGCACUUUGGAAGCAACGUAACAGACGAAGAGAAAUGUAAAAGUCAUUCAAUUUACGAAGAAACUGAAAAAUCACGUGAGAAAAGUCAUUCGGAUGAGAAUUCCUGGAAAAGUCUUGUCUCUUCGUCAAAUAAAAGUCUUUGGGACGUUGAAUCGCUUGAAGAAUCCUUGAAAUCUCCGGAGAAAGAACAGGAACAAGUGGAAACAGAAGCUGAGAACACAAACAAUUCAAUUCAAGAGACAACCAAGUGUCUUGAUGCUAAUCAUAAAAAGAAAUCAACAGAAUCGAAAUUGAACGGUGUUGGUGAUACUGAGAUAAAGGAAGUUAAGGAAAUUGAACAAGUUGAAGAUUACAAAUCUAUCUGGGUUUCAGAUACAGAUGAAAUUGAAGAUAUGUCGAGAAGACCGCAGGUGUUAAAAAUAGUGGAUAAUGAAGUCACUCGAAGAUGCAGUCGUGGUCCAAGUGUUGUUGAGAUUGAUAUUGUAGCACAGGAUAUGGUGAAGAGUAAAGAUACCAAUGAUGAAGUCCUGGCAAAAAAAGAUACCACAGUAGAUCCAUUAAUCAGAUCGCAAAGUCCAGAGAUUAAAAAGGAAAUUGAAGUGGAGAGAAGCCAAGAAUGCAAAAGAUCGAGCAUUGAGAGUGCACGAAACUUUUUCGAAGCCAAGAGUUUAGGAACAGAAUCCAUCAAAAAUCAACAAAACGAAGGACCAUUCGAGAGGAUUGUUAAAGAAACCACCAAUAUAAUUGGAAAGGCUUGUAAUGCAGUAAAAGGAAGCCUUGGAUUUGAAGCUCGUUCUGAGAGUUCUGAUCUUGGUCUAGGAUCUGAUUGUGGAAGUGAUACGAGGAGAAGAUCGAUUGAUGAUGGCGACGAGGUUGAUACUAAUGAAGACGUUACUGUUAGUGUGACAGAAAAAACGUCUGCUAAUGAAAUUAAUGAUAGUUACUUAAAACCACCCAAAUCUAACUUGACAAGAUCUCACAGCUGUGUUGAUUCCAUUGAAUGCCAGGGAACUGAUGGACCAGAAUUUGAUCACAUUCGUUACAAGAUCGUGAAAUCAAGACUCUUUGGUAAAAAUAUAUUCAGCAAUGCUCCAGGCAAAGGUGAUCCUGGAUAUGAUGGUCUUAUGCAAUAUCUGAGAGAAUAUUCUUUCCAAGAGCUUUUGCUUGAUAAUAAUGUCGUUAUUAUCGAGCCUGUACGCGCUGAGCCAGUGGAAACAAAGAACGUCUCAUUGCAGAAUAAUAAAAACAAGACAACGUUAUCUAGAGGGAAUAGUAUUGUUCAAAAGAAAGCGAAAAGUGAAUCAGAUCAAAAUGACAGCAAGACAACAAAUGAAACAGCAAAGAGUCCAAAGCAAUCUUCAUUGAGAAAACACUUCUUUUAUCAUCCAAUUAGUUCGGUUAACAGGGUAAAUAAAGAACUUAUUGAUGAAGAGCUGCCAGACCCUGAUACGGUGAGAAAUGUUCGCAGAAUGUUUGAAGCUACUUUACGUCCAAAGAAUUCCUCAGAUACUAGUGAUUCCAAAGAUCGAAAAAGCGUGAGCAUGAAAGACUUGAGACGUAUUGAAGACCGACAAAUGGAUGAUGUCAAUGAAAGAAGUUUUGAAACAUCCAGAUUCAGAUGUUCAAGUCGAGCAAAAGAUCUAACUAAACUCUUUGAGGGUCUUGAUAAAACGACAUCUACAAAUGCUCCAAAUUCAAAAGAAGAUCUUGGAAAUUUAAAAAGCGACUCUAAAACGAGAAUCCUAGCACAAUCGUUUGAAGCACGAAGUGGAAAUACAUCGCCAAGUGAUUCUGAAUAUAGUAGGAAUAAAAAUUCUACUUACAGACAGUCAAAUCACCGGCAACGUCAGCAAAGCUGUUGGGAUGCGGGAAGUGUAAGCUCUGGUGUUUCUAGUGAUUAUCCUGACACUGAUCCAGGAAGUGGUGUUCAGUGUACAUCAUCAGAGGAUGAGGAAAUUGAUUGCAGAGAUGAUGAUGCUGAUCGAAAUAAUGAACAAGUUCAUGGACACUUUGUUUCACAAGACGUGUUGGAGAGAAUUCGCGAAUGUGGAACCUCUGUUACCUAUUACGGUGGAAAAGUUGUUAACACGUGUAAUGGACCUCUUAUCUCUCCUAUGAGUACUAAACUCAAAAGGAGUGAGCGCUUAGUUGAACUUGACGACUAUGUCAAGUUUCGUUUAGUAAAGAGCAACUCUUGUGACAGCAGACUAGAAUUAACUGGGAGAGUUGUUGAGAGACGGUCUAAAAUAGAAGCUAGAGAACAUUUAUCCAAUAACGAAAGCAAGAGGAAAUCAGAUUUGCGAGCUUGUACUAUAGCGGAAACACCUAGCAUCGAAAUCACUGAUCUAGAAAGCUUGAGAUUCGAAGAUGAACGACAGGCAAGCGACGAGACAACGGCAAGCAAACGUGAGCCUCCUGUCGUGAUAGGUCUAGAACCAAAGAAAGAAGAAAAUCGUGAUCAGAGUGCUUUUAAAGCAAACUUCCAACUUGGCAAAGUUGACAAUACCAAGUCAAAUAUACCCCAUGGAUUUGGUAGUGCUCUGACACGAUGGCAAAUAAAUGAAGGGAAUUGGAAUAAAAAGCAAACAGAAUUUGGAAAAAUGGAGUUUGAAGAAUUUGAAGUCCUUGAAGAUAGCUUGAAUGGCAUAAAUAACUGAUAAAAAUUUAUAUUUUUCUUAGAACUGCUAGUGCGAUAAAACGAUGUUAGUUUUAUCAGUAUACUUUUUAUAAUUUUAUCUAAAAAAAAGUAUUAAAGAAAACUAACAUUGCUUGAAAAAAUAUUGAUUACAGAAAUUAUUAAUAAAAUAAAAACUAUUCAAAGCUCCGAUAAUAUAAUUAAUCAUACAGAAUAUAUUUUUUGUUUUUUAAACAUCAUUUAUCAUGGUGAAAAAUUUUAACUGUAAGAUUGAAUAUAUUCAGAGCAGAAAGUCAAUUGUAGCCAAUGGUCAGUGAACAUAAAUUUAGAUUUAUUCUCUUUGAUGUAAUUAAGCUAGUUUAUUGAAUUGAUAAGUUACUCUCAGCAAUUUAUUCAUGUAAUAAAUGAGUAAGAUGAGAUUA